CACAGAUAACUCCACAAUAGUAGAUAGCCUAAAUGUGUUCAUGGUAGUUUUAUGGAAAAGAAGGAUGUCAUAUUGAGCAAUCCACGCCAUUAAUCGUUAACGAAGUUUACAAACAGGCGUGAAAUCUCUUCCACCAGAUACUGGACUUUGAUUUGGACUCGUACCAUGCGACAAGCGAACAUUGUGUAUGGCAGAAAAGAAAUUAAAGCCUAAAUUCUCUUCAGACUUCAAGUCAUGUGGAGCUGACUGUUUUCACAAACCAGUGCUGAUAUGUCUGCCCUGGUUGUUUAGCUGCAGUAAUGUCAGAGAAACAGAGUGAAAGAUCAGACUCUGUGUCUGUGACGAGUGACCACUCAAAAGGUGGUGGACCAAACUUCAGUGAAGAAACACCAUCAGCUAUUGAAAGUGAAAGAUCAGACUUGUCCAGCUCUGUGUCUGUGAAGAGUGAUCGUUCAAAAGGCGGGGGACCAAACUUCAGAGAGGAAACACCAUCAGCUACUGAAAGAUCAGACUCAGAUGUGUCCAGCUCCGUUUCUGUGAAGAGUAACCGUUCAAAAGAUGGGGAAGGACCAAACUUCAGGGAAGAAACACCAUCAGCUACUGAAAGGCAUUUCAUCAGUGUAAGAUCAGACUCAGAUGUGUCCAGCUCUGUGUCUGUGAAGAGUAACCGUUCAAAAGAUGGGGAAGGACCAAACUUCAGAGAGGAAACACCAUCAGCUACUGAAAGUGUAAGAUCAGUCUCACAUGUGUCCAGCUCUGUGUCUGUGAAGAGUGACCGGUCAAAAGGUGGAGGACCAAACUUCAGAGAGGAAACACCAUCAGCUACUGAAAGUGUAAGAUCAGACUCAGAUGUGUCCAGCUCCGUUUCUGUGAAGAGUAACCGUUCAAAAGAUGGGGAAGGACCAAACUUCAGGGAAGAAACACCAUCAGCUACUGAAAGGCAUUUCAUCAGUUUACAUGUAUCCAGCUCUGUGUCUGUGAAGAGUAACCGUUCAAAAGAUGGGGAAGGACCAAACUUCAGAGAGGAAACACCAUCAGCUACUGAAAGGAAAAAAUCAUUCAUGAAGAGUGACCAUUCAAAAGGUGGUGGACCGAACUCCAGCCAUAGAAAAACAUCAUCUACUAAAAGGGAAAGAUCAGGCUCAGUUGAGUCCAGCUUAGUGUCUAUGAGGAGUGAUCGUUCAAAAGAUGGCACACUACCAAGCUUCAAUGAGAAAACAACAUCUACCAAAAGUAGCAAAGAACAAAAUACCACAGUGAAUAUUGGUGCAGAAAUUGUACGGUGGGAAAGUCUAAAGGUUCAAAAGGGAAUGAACAGUGAUGUGGAACUGGCAUCUUUUCUUCUCAAUAGGAUUCAGUAUGAGAAAAAAACAGACUUUCAGAGUUACCGCUUCAAAAAGUUCAGAGAAAAUCUCAUCUGGGUCUUUCAGGACCUUGAGAACAAAAUAAUUGUAUUCCUAAAGAAUGAGCUGGAAAGGUUUAAGAAAAUACUAAAAAAAGAGAACACCCAAUACUUUGUGCAGGACUUUAUAGAGGACAUGUGUAGUAUCAAAGAAGCAGCUCUUGAUAUCACUCUCCACUUCCUAAAAAUUAUGAAGCAACAUGAACUUGCAGAUACUCUAAAAGAUGAGCUUGUCUUCAUUCAUCAACGACAACUUAAAUCGAACCUGAAGAAGAAGUAUCAAUGUGUGUUUGAAGGAAUUGCAAAGCAAGGUGACUCCACACUUCUGAAUAGCAUCUACACAGAUCUCUAUAUCACUCAGGGUGGCAGUGAGCAGGUCAAUACUCAACAUGAAGUAAGACAAAUUGAGAUUUCCAGGCGUGCUGAAUCACAAGAGAUACAGAUUGAAUGCACAAAUUUGUUUGAAUCACCUGAACAAGGCAAGGAGAUCAGAACUGUAUUGACUAAAGGAGUUGCUGGCAUUGGUAAAUCCAUCUCUGUGCAAAAGUUUAUUCUGGAUUGGGCUGAAGAGAAAGAAAAUCAAGAUAUCAGCUUCAUAUUUCCUCUUCCAUUCAGAGAGAUGAACUUAAAGGAGGAAGAAAAACAAAGCUUGAUGAACCUUGUAAGUCAGUUUUUUCCAGAGGUAAAAGGAUUGAACCUUACAAGAAAUGAUAAAUUCAAAGUCCUGUUCAUUCUUGAUGGAUUGGAUGAAUGUCGCCUUCCUUUAAACUUUAAGGACAAUGAGACGUGGCGUGAUGUAUCAUCACCAGCCUCUCUGGAUGUUCUCCUAACGAACCUCAUCAGGGGAAAUUUGCUUCCUUCUGCUCUCAUCUGGAUCACCACCAGACCAGCAGCUGCCAGUAGGAUUCCUCAGGACUGUAUAGACCGUGUGACAGAGGUCAGAGGGUUCAAUGAUGCACAAAAGGAGGAGUACUUCAAUAAAAGGUUCACCGAUAAGAAAAUGGCCGAAGAUAUCAUAGAUCAUGUUAAAAAAUCAAAGAGUCUCUUUAUCAUGUGCCACAUCCCAGUCUUCUGCUGGAUUUCAGCCACUGUUCUCCAGAACAUUCUGGAGGAGAAAAGAAAUAAUGAUGUGAAAAACAAUCAGGCUGAUGACACCUCUGAAACACUGCAGGAAUCAAAUACUGAAGACACUCCCAAGACUCUGACACAAAUGUACACACACUUUCUCCGCUUUCAGAUCCAGCAGAGCAGAAGUAAGUAUGAUGGAGAAUACACACCAGAUGUUUCCUGGGAUAAAGAUGCCAUCCUUUCACUGGGGAAACUGGCAUUUCAUCAGCUGGAAAGAAACAACCUGAUCUUCUAUGACACAGACCUGGAAGCCUGUGGUAUUGAUGCCUCUAAAGCAUUGGUGUAUUCAGGCAUGUGUACCCAGAUCUUUAAGGAGGAAACAGGGAUCAUUCUUGGUACCAUGUACUGCUUUGUUCACAUGAGCAUUCAAGAGUUUAUUGCAGCCCUUUAUGCACAUCUUUUUCUAGACAGCAACAAGAAAAAUGUGUUUGAUCAAGAGUCUACAGAACAACGAAACAAAAAUGAAGCCAUGAUUGAUUUGCUGAAAACUGCAGUGGACAAGGCGCUAACGAGUGAAAUUGGACAUCUGGAUCUUUUCCUUAGAUUCCUUCUUGGUCUAUCACUUGAGUCUAAUCAUCCUCUCUUACGAGGACUGUUGACACAGCAAGACAGCAAUGACCAGAGCAACAAGGACAUAGUUAAGUACAUCAAGCAAAAGUUAGGAGAAAAUUUAUCUCCAGAAAGGUCCAUCAAUCUGUUCUACUGUCUGAAUGAACUGAAUGAAAAAACUCUGGUUGAAGACAUUCAAACACAACUUAGAGAAGGAAGUCUCUCAUCUGCUGACCUUUCACCUGCCCAGUGGUCUGCUGUGGCCUUUGUGUUGUUGACAUCAGAGAAAGAGCUGGAGAACUUUGAGCUUCAGGAAUUUAAGAAAUCAGACGAGUGUCUCAUUAGACUAUCAGCGGUCAUCAAAACCUCCAAAAGAGCUCUGCUAAAUGACUGUAACUUAACAGACAAAAGCUGUUCAGCUCUGGCUACAGUUCUUGGAUCAGAUACCAAUCUGAAAGAGUUGAACAUGAACAAUAAUAAUCUGCAGGAUUCAGGAGUGGCGCUGCUUUGCACUGGACUGAAGAGUGUAAAGUGUAAAUUGGAGACACUUUGGCUCAAUAAGUGUGAUCUAACAAAGGAAAGCUGUUCAGCUCUUGCUUCAGUUCUCAGUUCAGACUCCAGCUCUCUGAAGGAUCUUGAACUGAGCAAUAAUAAUCUGCAGGAUUCAGGAGUGAAGCUGCUUUGUGAUGGACUGAAAAAUAACCGUAAACUGGAGAAAAUCAGACUUUCAGACUGUGGCAUCACAGAAGAAGGUUAUAAAGCUCUGGCUUCAGCUCUGAGAUCAAACCCUCUAUCACACCUGAUAGAGCUGGAUCUCACAGGAAAUGAUCCUGGACAAUCAGGAGUGAAGGAGCUCAGUAAUUUACUACAGGAUCCAGACUGUCAACUCAAGAUGAGUUCAGACUCCAGCUCUCUGAAGAAUCUUGAACUGAGCAAUAAUAAUCUGCAGGAUUCAGGAGUGAAGCCACCUUGUGAUGGACUGAAAAAUAACCGUAAACUGGAGAAAAUCAGGUUUUUGGGUCCUGAUGCCGAAGAAGCCUGUAAAUAUCUGACUGAAGAUCUUCACAUUAAAAACCUGUUACUCCUGAGUGAGCUGAAUCUGAGUCGACGUGAACUAGGAGACACACAAGUGAAUCAGAUCGCUGCUCUACUGAAGGAUAAACACUGUACACUCAACACACUGAAGAUGAAUAAUAACAGUAUUACAGCAGAAGGCUGUGCUGCUCUGACUUCAGCGUUUAAUUCAAACCCAUCAAACCUGAUAGAGCUGGAUCUGAGUGGAAAUAAACUAGGAAACUCAGGAAUUGAGGAGAUCUGUCCUCUGUUGGAAAAUACACAAUGCAGAUUGAUGAAACUGAAACUCUCAGACUGCAGUAUCACAGAAGAAGGUUAUAAAUCUCUGGCUUCAGCUCUGAGAUCAAACCCUUCACACCUGACAGAGCUGGAUCUCACAGGAAAUGAUCCUGGACAAUCAGGAGUGAAGGAGCUCAAUGAUUUACUACAGGAGGAACAUUGUAAAUUAAAGUCCAGGUUUUUGAAAAUUCCUGCUGCACAGGAAGCCUGUGAGUAUCUCACUAAUGUUCUGAGUAUAAGUCCAUUAUUACUGACAGAACUGGAUCUGAGUGAAGAUAAAUUAGGAGAUCUGGAUGGAGAGAAGCUCUCUGCUCUUUUGAAGGACUCUCAUAGCAAAGUGGUGAAAAUCAAGCUGAAUAAUUGUGAGCAGACAGAGAAAAGCUGUUCAGUUCUAGCUACUGUUCUCUCCUCCAAAACCAUCCUGAAAGAGCUGAACCUAAACAGUAGCCGUCUGCUGGACUCAGGAGUCAAAGAGAUCUGUGAGGGACUGAAGAAUCCUGUGUGUAAGCUGGAGAUACUCAAACUUUCAGACUGCAGUAUCAGUGAAGAAGGUUAUAAAGCUCUGGCUUCAGCUCUGAGAUCAAACCCUUCACACCUGAUAGAGCUGGAUCUCACAGGAAAUGAUCCUGGACAAUCAGGAGUGAAGGAGCUCGAUGAUUUACUACAGGAUCAGAACUGUCAACUGAAGAUACUGACGUUUUUGGGUCCUAUUGCAGAUGAAGCCUGUAAAUAUCUGACUGAAGAUCUUCACAUUAAAAACCCGUUACUCCUGAGAGAGCUGAUUCUGAGUGGACAUGAACUAGGAGACACACGAGUGAAUCAGAUUGCUGCUCUACUGCAGGAUAAACACUGUAAACUCUACACACUGAUGCUGUGUAAUUGUGGUCUAACAGAGGAAAGCUGUUUAGCUCUCGCUACAGUCCUGACAUCAAACUCCAGUCUGAAAGAGCUUGACAUCAGCAGCAAUAAUCUGCAGGAUUCAGGAGUGAAGAAACUCCAGAACGCAUUAGAAAAUACAAACUGCACACUGGAGAAACUCAGACUUUCAGACUGCAGUAUCACAGAAGAAGGUUAUAAAGCUCUGGCUUCGGCUCUGAGAUCAAACCCUUCACACCUGAUAGAGCUGGAUCUCACAGGAAAUGAUCCUGGACAAUCAGGAGUGAAGGAGCUCGAUGAUUUACUACAGGAUCAGAACUGUCAACUGAAGAUACUGACGUUUUUGGGUCCUAUUGCAGAUGAAGCCUGUAAAUAUCUGACUGAAGAUCUUCACAUUAAAAACCCGUUACUCCUGAGAGAGCUGAAUCUGAGUGGACAUGAACUAGGAGACACACGAGUGAAUCAGAUUGCUGCUCUACUGCAGGAUAAACACUGUAAACUCAACACACUGAUGCUGUGUAAUUGUGGUCUAACAGAGGAAAGCUGUUUAGCUCUCGCUACAGUCCUGACAUCAAACUCCAGUCUGAAAGAGCUUGACAUCAGCAGCAAUAAUCUGCAGGAUUCAGGAGUGAAGAAACUCCAGAACGCAUUAGAAAAUACAAACUGCACACUGGAGAAACUCAGACUUUCAGACUGCAGUAUCACAGAAGAAGGUUAUAAAGCUCUGGCUUCAGCUCUGAGAUCAAACCCUUCACACCUGAUAGAGCUGGAUCUCACAGGAAAUGAUCCUGGACAAUCAGGAGUGAAGGAGCUCGAUGAUUUACUACAGGAUCAGAACUGUCAACUGAAGAUACUGACGUUUUUGGGUCCUAUUGCAGAUGAAGCCUGUAAAUAUCUGACUGAAGAUCUUCACAUUAAAAACCCGUUACUCCUGAGAGAGCUGAAUCUGAGUGGACAUGAACUAGGAGACACACGAGUGAAUCAGAUUGCUGCUCUACUGCAGGAUAAACACUGUAAACUCAACACACUGAUGCUGUGUAAUUGUGGUCUAACAGAGGAAAGCUGUUUAGCUCUCGCUACAGUCCUGACAUCAAACUCCAGUCUGAAAGAGCUUGACAUCAGCAGCAAUAAUCUGCAGGAUUCAGGAGUGAAGAAACUCCAGAACGCAUUAGAAAAUACAAACUGCACACUGGAGAAACUCAGACUUUCAGACUGCAGUAUCACAGAAGAAGGUUAUAAAGCUCUGGCUUCAGCUCUGAGAUCAAACCCUUCACACCUGAUAGAGCUGGAUCUCACAGGAAAUGAUCCUGGACAAUCAGGAGUGAAGGAGCUCGAUGAUUUACUACAGGAUGAGAACUGUGAACUCAAGACACUGAGGUUUUUGAGUCCUCCUGCAGAUGAAGCCUGUCAGAUUGUGAACAGAGUUCUGUGUGAAAAUCUGUUACUCCUGAGAGAGCUGAAUCUGAGUGAACAUAAACUAGGACCCUCAGGAUUGAAGAAACUUGCUGCUGUACUGCCGGAUAAACACUGUAAACUCAACACACUAAUUCUGAAUAACAGCAAUAUCACAGAUGAAGAUUGUCGUGUUCUGACUGAAGCUUUAAAUUCAAACCCAUCAAAUCUGACAGAGCUGAAUCUGAGUAGGACUAAACUCAGAGACUCAGGAUUGAAGAUCUUCUCUGCACUGUUCAAAAAUGAACAGUGUCAACUUGAAAAGCUGAAGUUAAACUGCAGCAGUGUUACAGCAGAAGGUUGUUCUGUUCUGGCAUCAGCAUUUUGUUUAAACCUGAAAGAGCUGGAACUGAAUGAGAAUAAACUAGGAAACUCUGGAGUAACAGAAAUCUCCACUCUACUGGGAAAUUCACAAUGUACACUGAAGAUACUCAGACUUUCAGACUGCAGUAUCACAGAAGAAGGUUAUAAAGCUCUGGCUUCAGCUCUGAAAUCAAACCCUUCACACCUGAUAGAGCUGGAUCUCACAGGAAAUGAUCCUGGACAAUCAGGAGUGAAAGAGCUUGAUGAUUUCCUGCAUGAUGAGAACUGUCAACUCAAGACACUGAGGUUUUUGGGUCCUGCUGCAGAUGAAGCCUGUCAGUAUGUGAGAGUAAUUGUGGGUGAAAACCCAUUACUUCUGAGAGAGCUGAAUCUGAGUGGAUAUGAACUAGGAGACACACGAGUGAAUCAAAUUGCUGCUCUACUGCAGGAUAAACACUGUAAACUCAACAAACUGACGAUGAAUAAUAACAGUAUUACAGCAGAAGGUUGUGCUGCUCUGACUUCAGCGUUUAAUUCAAACCCUUCAAACCUGAAAGAGCUGGAUCUGAGUGGAAAUAAACUAGGAAACUCAGGAAUGGAGAAGAUCUGUCAUCUGAUGAAAAAUACACAAUGCAGAUUGAAGAAACUGAAACUUUCAGACUGCAGUAUCACAGAAGAAGGUUAUAAAGAUCUGGUUUCAACUCUGAGAACAAACCCUUCACACCUGAUAGAGCUGGAUCUCACAGGAAAUGAUCCUGGACAAUCAGGAGUGAAGGAGCUCACUGAUAUACUACAGUGUGUGCACUAUAAAUUGAAAACCAUCAGGUUUCUGAAAAGCCCUGCUGCACAGGAAGCGUGUGAGUAUCUCAUGAAAGUUCUGGGUAAAAGUCCAUUAUUACUGACAGAACUGGAUCUGAGUGACGAUAAAUUAGGAGAUCUGGAUGGGGAGAAGCUCUCUGCUCUUUUGAUGGACUCUCAUAGUAAAGUGGAGAAAAUCAAGCUGAAUAAUUGUGAGCAGACAGAGAACAGCUGUUCAGUUCUAGCUACUGUUCUCUCCUCCAAAACCAUCCUGAAAGAGCUGAACCUAAACAGUAGCCAUCUGCUGGACUCAGGAGUCAAUGAGAUCUGUGAGGGACUGAAGAAUCCUGUGUGUCAGCUGGAGAUACUCAAGCUCAGUGAGUGUUUUCUAACAAAGGAAAGCUGUUCAGCUCUGGCUUCAGUUCUCAGUUCAGACUCCAGCAGUCUGAAGGAUCUUGACCUGAGCAAUAAUCAGAAUUUACAGGAUUCGGGAGUGAAGCUGCUCUCUAAUGGACUGAAAGCAAACUGUAAACUGGAGAAACUCAUACUUUCAAACUGCAGUAUCACUGAAGAAGGUUAUAAAGCUCUGGCUUCAGCUCUGAAAUCAAACUCACAUCUGUUAGAGCUGGAUCUCACAGGAAAUGAUCCUGGACGAUCAGGAGUGAAAGAACUCAUUGAUUUACAGAGUUGGUGGUAUUCAUUUAAAAGACUGAGGACUACACCACUGGUCUUCAAGUUUUUGGGUCCUGAUGCAGAUAAAGCCUGUCAGUAUUUGACUGGAAUUGUGGGUGAAAACCCGUUACUCCUGAGUGAGCUGAAUCUGAAUGGACGUAAACUAGGAGACACACGAGUGAAUCAGAUUGCUGCUCUACUGCAGGAUAAACACUGUAAACUCAACACACUGAAGCUGUGUGAUUGUGGUCUAACAGAGGAAAACUGUUCAGCUCUCGCUACAGUCCUGACAUCAAACUCCAGUCUGAAAGAGCUUGACAUCAGCAGCAAUAAUCUGCAGGAUUCAGGAGUGAAGAAACUCCAGAACGCAUUCGAAAAUACAAACUGCACACUGGAGAAACUCAGACUUUCAGACUGCAGUAUCACAGAAGAAGGUUAUAAAGCUCUGGCUUCAGCUCUGAGAUCAAACCCUUCUUCACACCUGAUAGAGCUGGAUCUCACAGGAAAUGAUCCUGGACAAUCAGGAGUGAAGGAGCUCAAUGAUUUACUACAGGAUGACAAGUGUCAACUCAAGACACUGAGGUUUUUGGGUCCUGCUGCAGAUGAAGCCUGUCAGUAUGUGAGAGAAAUUGUGGGUGAAAACCCGUUACUCCUGAGUGAGCUGAAUCUGAGUGAACGUAAACUAGGAAACGGAAACGUGAAUCAGAUCACUGCUCUACUGCAGGACAAACACUGUACAGUCAAAACACUGAUGCUGAAUAAUAACAGAAUUACAGCAGAAGGUUGUGCUGCUCUAACUUCAGCUUUUAAUUCAAACCCUUCAAACCUGAUAGAGCUGGAUCUGAGUGGAAAUAAACUAGAAAACUCAGGAAUGGAGAAGAUCUGUCAUCUGUUUAAAAAUACACAAUGCAGAUUGGAGAGAUUGAAGCUGUGUGAUUGUGGUCUAACAGAGGAAAACUGUUCAGCUCUCGCUACAGUCCUGAGAUCAAACUCCAGUCUGAAAGAGCUUGAUAUCAGCAACAAUAAUCUGCAGGAUUCAGGAGUGAAGAAACUCCAGAACGCAUUAGAAAAUACAAACUGCACACUGGAGAAACUCAGACUUUCAGACUGCAGUAUCAGAGAAGAAGGUUAUAAAGCUCUGGCUUCAGCUCUGAGAUCAAACCCUUCACACCUGAUAGAGCUGGAUCUCACAGGAAAUGAUCCUGGACAAUCAGGAGUGAAGGAGCUUGAUGAUUUACUACGGGAUCAGAAGUGUCAACUCAAUACACUGAGGUUUUUGGGUCGUGAUGCAGAUGAAGCCUGCCAGUUUGUGACUGGAAUUGUGGUUAAAAACCCGUUACUCCUGAGAGAGCUGAAUCUGAGUGAACGUGAACUAGGAGACAGAAAUGUGAAGCAGAUCGCUGCUCUACUGCAGGACAAACACUGUACAGUCAAAACACUCCAGAUGAAUAAUAACAGUAUUACAGCAGAAGGUUGUGCUGCUUUAACUUCAGCGUUUAAUUCAAACCCUUCAAACCUGAUAGAGCUGGAUCUGAGUGGAAAUAAACUAGGAAACUCAGGAAUGGAGAAGAUCUGUCUUCUGUUGAAAAAAACACAAUGCAAAAUGGAAAAACUGAAACUUUCAGACUGCAGUAUCACAGAAGAAGGUUAUAAAGCUCUGGCUUCAGCUCUGAGAUCAAACCCUUCACACCUGACAGAGCUGGAUCUCACAGGAAAUGAUCCUGGACAAUCAGGAGUGAAGGAGCUCAAUAAUUUACUACAGGAUGAACACUGUUCAUUAAAGUCCAUCAAGUUUCUGAAGAGUACUGCUGCAAUGGAGGUGUGCGAGUAUCUUACUAAAGUUCUGGGUAAAAGUCCAUUAUUACUGACAGAACUGGAUCUGAGUGAAGUGAAAUUAGGAGAUCUGGAUGGAGAGAAAUUCUCUGCUCUUUUGAUGGACUCUCACAGCAAAGUGGAGAAAAUCAAGCUGAAUAAUUGUAAGCUGACAGAGAAAAGCUGUUCAGUUCUAGCUACUGUUCUCUCCUCCAAAACCAUCCUGAAAGAGCUGAACCUGAACAACAGCCGUCUGCUGGACUCAAGAGUCAAAGAGAUCUGUGAGGGACUGAAGAAAUCAACGCUGAAGAUACUCAAGCUCAGUGAGUGUGAUCUAACAGAGGAAAGCUGUUCAGCUCUUGCUUCAGUUCUCAGUUCAGACUCCAGCUAUCUGAAGGAUCUUGACUUGAGUAAUAAUAAUCUCCAGGAUUCAGUAGUGAAGCUGUUCUCUGAUGGACUGAAAAAUAACUGUAAACUGGAGAAACUCAGACUUUCAGACUGCAGUAUCACAGAAGAAGGUUAUAAAGCUCUGGCUUCAGCUCUGAGAUCAAACCCUUCACACCUGAUAGAGCUGGAUCUCACAGGAAAUGAUCCUGGACAAUCAGGAGUGAAGGAGCUCAAUGAUUUACUACAGAAUCAGAACUGUCAACUCAAGACUCUGAGGUUUUUGGGUCCUGCUGCAGAUGAAGCCUGUCAGUAUCUGAUAGGAAUUAUGGGUAAAAACCCGUUAAUUCUGAGAGAGCUGAAUCUGAGUGAAUGUGAACUAAAAGACACACGAGUUCAUCAGAUCGCUGCUCUACUGAAGGAUAAACACUGUAAACUCAACACACUGAUUCUGAAUAACAGUGAUAUCACAGCAGAAGAUUGUUGUGUUCUGACUGAAGCUUUAAAUACAAACCCGUCAAAUCUGACAGAGCUGAAUCUGAGUGGGACUAAACUCAGAGACUCAGGAAUGAAGAUCUUCUCGACUCUGUUUGAGAAUGAACAGUGUAGACUGGAAAAGCUGAAGAUUAAGUGCAUCAGUAUUACAGCAGAAGGUUGUGCUGCUCUGACUUCAGCUUUUAAUUCAAACCCUUCAAACCUGAUAGAGCUGGAUCUGAGUGGAAAUAAACUAGGAAACUCUGGAGUAACUCAAAUCUCCACUCUACUGGGAAAUUCAGAGUGUGCACUGCAGAUACUCAGACUUUCAAUCUGCAGUAUCACAGAAGAAGGUUAUAAAGCUCUGGCUUCAGCUCUGAGAUCAAACCCUUCACACCUGAUAGAGCUGGAUCUCACAGGAAAUGAUCCUGGACAAUCAGGAGUGAAGGAGCUCGAUGAUUUACUACAGGAUCAGAACUGUCAACUCAAGACACUGAGGUUUUUGGGUCCUGAAGCAGACAAAGCCUGUCAGUAUAUAAGAGGAAUUGUGGGUGAAAACCCGUUACUCCUGAGAGCGCUGAAUCUGAGUGAACGUAAACUAAGAGACACACGAGUGAAUCAGAUCGCUGCUCUACUGAAGGAUAAACACUGUACAGUCAACACACUGAUGCUGAAUAAUAACAGUAUUACAGCAGAAGGUUGUGUUGCUCUGACUUCAGCAUUUAAUUCAAACCCUUCAAACCUGAAAGAGCUGGAUCUGAGUGGAAAUAAACUAGGAAACUCAGGAAUUGAGAAGAUCUGUCAUCUGUUGGAAAAUAUACAAUGCAGAUUAGAGAAACUGAAACUUUCAGACUGCAGUAUCAGUAAAGAAGGUUAUAAAGCUCUGGCUUCGGCUCUGAGAUCAAACCCUUCACACCUGAUAGAGCUGGAUCUCACAGGAAAUGAUCCUGGACAAUCAGGAGUGAAGGAGCUUCAUGAUUUACUGCAUGAUGAACACUGUAAAUUAACCAUCAGGUUUUUGAAAAGUCCUGCUGCACUGGAAGCGUGUGAGUAUCUCACUAAAGUUCUGGUUAAAAGUCCAUUAUUACUGACAGAACUGGAUCUGAGUGAAGAUAAAUUAGGAGAUCUGGAUGGAGAGAAACUCUCUGCUCUUUUGAUGGACUCUCAUAGCAAAGUGGAGAAAAUCAAGCUGAAUAAUUGUGAGCAGACAGAGAAAAGCUGUUCAGUUCUAGCUACUGUUCUCUCCUCCAAAACCAUCCUGAAAGAGCUGAACCUGAACAACAGCCGUCUGCUGGACUCAGGAGUCAGAGAGAUCUGUGAGGGACUGAAGAAUCCUGUGUGUGAGCUGGAGAUACUCAAACUUUCAGACUGCAGUAUCACAGAAGAAGGUUAUAAAGCUCUGGCUUCAGCUCUGAGAUCAAACCCUUCACACCUGAUAGAGCUGGAUCUCACAGGAAAUGAUCCUGGACAAUCAGGAGUGAAGGAGCUCAAUGAUUUACUACAGAAUCAGAACUGUCAACUCAAGACUCUGAGGUUUUUGGGUCCUGCUGCAGAUGAAGCCUGUCAGUAUCUGAUAGGAAUUAUGGGUAAAAACCCGUUAAUUCUGAGAGAGCUGAAUCUGAGUGAAUGUGAACUAAAAGAUACAAGAGUGCAUCAGAUCGCUGCUCUACUGAAGGAUAAACACUGUAAACUCAACACACUGAUUCUGAAUAACAGUGAUAUCACAGCAGAAGAUUGUUGUGUUCUGACUGAAGCUUUAAAUACAAACCCGUCAAAUCUGACAGAGCUGAAUCUGAGUGGGACUAAACUCAGAGACUCAGGAAUGAAGAUCUUCUCGACUCUGUUUGAGAAUGAACAGUGUAGACUGGAAAAGCUGAAGAUUAAGUGCAUCAGUAUUACAGCAGAAGGUUGUGCUGCUCUGACUUCAGCUUUUAAUUCAAACCCUUCAAACCUGAUAGAGCUGGAUCUGAGUGGAAAUAAACUAGGAAACUCUGGAGUAACUCAAAUCUCCACUCUACUGGGAAAUUCAGAGUGUGCACUGCAGAUACUCAGACUUUCAAUCUGCAGUAUCACAGAAGAAGGUUAUAAAGCUCUGGCUUCAGCUCUGAGAUCAAACCCUUCACACCUGAUAGAGCUGGAUCUCACAGGAAAUGAUCCUGGACAAUCAGGAGUGAAGGAGCUCGAUGAUUUACUACAGGAUCAGAACUGUCAACUCAAGACACUGAGGUUUUUGGGUCCUGAAGCAGACAAAGCCUGUCAGUAUAUAAGAGGAAUUGUGGGUGAAAACCCGUUACUCCUGAGAGCGCUGAAUCUGAGUGAACGUAAACUAAGAGACACACGAGUGAAUCAGAUCGCUGCUCUACUGAAGGAUAAACACUGUACAGUCAACACACUGAUGCUGAAUAAUAACAGUAUUACAGCAGAAGGUUGUGUUGCUCUGACUUCAGCAUUUAAUUCAAACCCUUCAAACCUGAAAGAGCUGGAUCUGAGUGGAAAUAAACUCAGAAAUUUAGGAAUAAAGAAGAUCUGUCAUCUGUUGGAAAAUAUACAAUGCAGAUUAGAGAAACUGAAACUUUCAGACUGCAGUAUCAGUAAAGAAGGUUAUAAAGCUCUGGCUUCGGCUCUGAGAUCAAACCCUUCACACCUGAUAGAGCUGGAUCUCACAGGAAAUGAUCCUGGACAAUCAGGAGUGAAGGAGCUUCAUGAUUUACUGCAUGAUGAACACUGUAAAUUAACCAUCAGGUUUUUGAAAAGUCCUGCUGCACUGGAAGCGUGUGAGUAUCUCACUAAAGUUCUGGUUAAAAGUCCAUUAUUACUGACAGAACUGGAUCUGAGUGAAGAUAAAUUAGGAGAUCUGGAUGGAGAGAAACUCUCUGCUCUUUUGAUGGACUCUCAUAGCAAAGUGGAGAAAAUCAAGCUGAAUAAUUGUGAGCAGACAGAGAAAAGCUGUUCAGUUCUAGCUACUGUUCUCUCCUCCAAAACCAUCCUGAAAGAGCUGAACCUGAACAACAGCCGUCUGCUGGACUCAGGAGUCAGAGAGAUCUGUGAGGGACUGAAGAAUCCUGUGUGUGAGCUGGAGAUACUCAAACUUUCAGACUGCAGUAUCACAGAAGAAGGUUAUAAAGCUCUGGCUUCAGCUCUGAGAUCCAACCCUUCACACCUGAUAGAGCUGGAUCUCACAGGAAAUGAUCCUGGACAAUCAGGAGUGAAGGAGCUUGAUGAUUUACUACAGGAUCCAAACUUUCAGCUCAAGACACUGAGGUUGUUACAAAGUCCUAAUGCAGAAGAAGCCUGUAAAUAUCUGACUGAAGAUCUUCACAUUAAAAACCUGUUACUCCUGAAAGAGCUGAAUCUAAGUGAACAUGAACUAGGAGACACACGAGUGAAUCAGAUCGCUGCUCUACUGAAGGAUAAACACUGUAAACUCAACACACUGAUGAUGCAUAAUUGUGGUCUAACAGAGGAAAGCUGUUCAGCUCUUGCUACAGUCCUGACAUCAAACUCCAGUCUGAAAGAGCUUGACAUCAGCAACAAUAAUCUGCAGGAUUCAGGAGUGAAUAAACUCCAGAACGCAUUAGAAAAUACAAACUGCACACUGGAGAAACUCAGACUUUCAGACUGCAAUAUCACAGAAGAAGGUUAUAAAGCUCUGGCUUCAGCUCUGAGAUCAAACUCUUCACACCUGAUAGAGCUGGAUCUCACAGGAAAUGAUCCUGGACAAUCAGGAGUGAAGGAGCUCAAUGAUUUACUACAGGAUCCAGAGUGUCAGCUCAAGACACUGAGGUUUUUGGGUACUGAAGCAGACAAAGCCUGUCAGUAUGUGAGAGGAAUUGUGGGUGAAAACCCAUUACUCCUGAGAGAUCUGAAUCUGAGUGGAAGUAAACUAGGAGACACACAAGUGAAUCAGAUCGCUGCUCUACUGCAGGACAAACACUGUACAGUCAACACACUGAUGCUGAAUAAUAACAGUAUUACAGCAGAAGGUUGUGCUGCUCUGACCUCAGCGUUUAAUUCAAACCCUUCAAACCUGAUAGAGCUGGAUCUGAGUGGAAAUAAACUAGGAAACUCUGGAAUAAAGAAGAUCUGUCAUCUGUUGAAAAAUACACAAUGCAGAUUAGAGAAACUGAAACUUUCAGACUGCAGUAUCACAGAAGAAGGUUAUAAAGAUCUGGUUUCAGCUCUGAGAUCAAACCCUUCACACCUGAUAGAGCUGGAUCUCACAGGAAAUGAUCCUGGACGAUCAGGAGUGAAGGAGCUCGAUGAUUUACUGCAGGUUGAACACUGUUCAUUAAAGACCAUCAGGUUUCUGAAAAGUCCUGCUGCACAGGAAGCAUGUGAGCAUCUCACUAAAGUUCUGGGUAAAAGUCCAUUAUUACUGACAGAACUGGAUCUGAGUGAAGAUAAAUUAGGAGAUCUGGAUGGAGUGAAGCUCUCUGAUCUUUUGAUGGACUCUCAUAGCAAAGUGGAGAAAAUCAAGCUGAAUAAUUGUGAGCAGACAGAGAAAAGCUGUUCAGUUCUAGCCACUGUUCUCUCCUCCAAAACCAUCCUGAAAGAGCUGAACCUGAACAACAGCCGUCUGCUGGACUCAGGAGUCAAAGAGAUCUGUGAGGGACUGAAGAAAUCAACACUGAAGAUACUCAAACUUUCAGAGUGCAGUAUCAGAGAAGAAGGUUAUAAAGCUCUGGCUUCAGCUCUGAGAUCAAACCCUUCACAUCUGAUAGAGCUGGAUCUCACAGGAAAUGAUCCUGGACAAUCAGGGGUGGAGCACCUCAUUAAUGUACAAAAGACUUUGUGCCAUUCACUGAAAACACUGAGGAUAUUACAAAGCCCUGCAGCAGAUGAAGCCUGUCAGUAUGUGAGAGAAAUUUUGGGUAAAAAUCCGUUAUUCCUCAAUGAGCUGAAUCUGAGUGGACAUAAACUAGGAGACACACGAGUGAAUCAGAUCGCUGCUUUACUGCAGGACAAACACUGUACAGUCAACACACUGAUACUGCGUAAUUGUGGUCUAACAGAGGAAAGCUGUUCAGCUCUCGCUGCAGUCCUGAGAUCAAACUCCAGUCUGAAAGAGCUUGACAUCAGCAAAAAUAAUCUGCAGAAUUCAGGAGUGAAGAAGCUCCAGAACGGAUUAGAACACAAAAACUGCACACUGGAGAAACUCAGACUUUCAGAAUGCAGUAUCAGAGAAGAAGGUUAUAAAGCUCUGGCUUCAGCUCUGAGAUCAAACCCUUCACACCUGAUAGAGCUGGAUCUCACAGGAAAUGAUCCUGGACAAUCAGGAGUGAAGGAGCUCGAUGAUUUACUACAGGAUGAAAACUGUGAACUCAAGAAUCUGAGGAUUUUGAGAAGUCCUACUGCAGAGGAAGCCUGUAAAUAUUUGACAGAACUUUUGGGUAAAAACCCAUUACUCCUGAGAGAGCUGAAUCUGAGUGGAUGUGAACUAGGAGACACACGAGUGAAUCAGAUCGCUGCUCUGCUCCAGGAUAAACACUGUCAAUUCAACACUCUCACUCUGUGUGGAUGUAGUAUUACAGAGAAUCAGUGUAACACCCUGACUAAGGCUCUAUUUCCAAACCUUUCACACCUGAGAGAGCUGGACCUCAGUGGAAAUCAGCUAAAAAAUACAGGAGCAAAGCACUUAUCUGGUGUACUGAAAGAUUCACGCUGUCAGCUGGAGAGAUUGAGGUUAAGAGGCUGUGAUAUGACAGAUAAAGGUUGUUCUGCUGUGACUUCAGCUCUGAAAUCAAACCCGUCACACCUGAGAGAGCUGGACCUGAGCGGGAAUGAACCAGGAGACUCUGGAUUUAAAGACCUCAGUGAUCUACUGAAGAAUCCACAAUGCAAACUGGAAAAUCUACAGUUAAGAGGCUGUCAUAUGACAGAUGAAGGUUGUUCUGCUGUGACUUCAGCUCUGAAAUCAAACCCGUCACACCUGAGAGAGCUGGACCUGAGCGGGAAUAAACUAGGAGACUCUGGAUUUAAAAACCUCAGUGAUCUACUGAAGAACCCACAAUGCAAACUGGAAAAUCUACAAUUGUGUAAAUGCAAUAUUCAAGAGAAGCAGUGUAUCUCCCUGACUUCAGCUCUGAAAUCAAACCCAUCACACCUGAGAGAGCUGAACCUCAGUGGGAAUGUACUAAGACAUACAAGAGUGAAGCAUUUUUAUGAUCUACUGAAGGAUUCACGCUGUAAACUGGAAAGAUUGAGGUUAAGAUCCUGUGAUAUAACAGCUGAAGAUUGUUCUGCUGUGACUUCAGCUCUGAAAUCAGACCCAUCACACCUGAGAGAGCUGGACCUGAGCGGGAAUGAACUAGGAGACUCUGGAGUUGAUAAUCUUGGUUUUGUGCUGAGCAGCUCACAGUGCAAGCUGGAGAAACUACAUCUGUGUAGCUGCAGUAUUACAGAGAAACAGUGUCUCAUCCUGACUCAACAUCUGUGUUAUAAUCUUUCACACCUGAGAGAACUCGACUUCAGUGGGAAUCAAAUAGAAAACAAAGGAGUGAAUCACUUAUGUGAAGUACUGAUGAAUCCACGCUGUAAACUGGAGAGAUUGAGUCUAAAUGAGUGUGGCAUCACAGAUGUGUCUUCUUUAGCUCAGUCUUUGACAAACACAAAAGCACUGCAGUUUUUAAAAGAGCUUGAUCUGAGUAAAAAUAACAUCGGAUCCUCCAGGCAGCAGCUCAUUGACCUGAUAAAAGACUCAAGCUGUAACCUGAGCCUAGAGAAAGAAGGCUGGUCUAGCUGGAACACUGCUGCAAACGUGUUCAGUGGCAUUGGUGGAUUGUUUACUUGGUCUAAAGCCCAGGAGGAACCUGUGAAAUCAACAGCACAAGAAAAGCCACCAUCAGAUGAAAGAUCCUCAGAAGGUAAAUUAGAGGAGGGAGAAAAGCAGGAGUUUCUAGUAUAAGACCUUCUUCAUAAUGAUGUUGGGAUUAAACUCAUCCAUAAUGAAGAAAUUAAAACAUUGCUAACUGUAAUUGUCCAAUUUAGCAAUUAAAUAUAUUAAAUGAUAUAAACAGUCUAAAAUUAAAAUUACAUUGUGUGAUACAUAGGCAAAGAUUUAAAUCAGUCCUAUGUCAUAUGUAUUGUAUAUAUCAUUAUUAUUUUACUUUGAUAUGUUUUACAAUUAUAUUCUUCUUACAUGAUAUAUACAGAAUAUUUAUUUUUCUUUUUAUUUAUUUUUAUUAUUAUUUUUUUUAUUUGAAUGAAACUGUCUCAAUGCAUAAAUAUGUCUCUGUACAUAAGACAACAAAGCUUUGACUGACAUACAGAUAAAGCCUGUUAUCCCACACCAGCCCAGACUAAGAUUUAAUACUGACAGCAUUCAUGUACCCAUAAUUCACCGCAUUUUAAGUUGUAUCUUUCGCAUUCACUAGUCUAGAUAUUCUGUCCAGUGCUUUUUGUUCAGCAAUUAUAAUUUUCUCAAUUGCCAUUGUAUUUUAUUUUUUUAUGUGUUAACAUAUUGUGUAAAUAUACAAGUAAAAACUUGAUUAUUUUAUUUACUUUAAAAAGUUCAUUAGUUCAGUACCCUUCAUUUCAGUGUAACUGGUAUUAAGAUGCAACAGCAGCUACAGAGAGAUUCUGCAGUUUCUCAAGCUCACCACUAGAGGUCAACACAAUAUCAUGUGAAGAAUAAGCAAACGAUUUUAUCAUAUCACAAGCCCAAAACUGUAAAAACAGUGCUGUACAGCUAUUAUUUGUCUUCCUUUAUAAAAUAUGAUUUAACAUUUUCGCUGAACGAUACAUUUUUAUAUUAGUGACCAUGCUGUCGAUCUUGUUGUCAAUUGUUUUGUUGCAUUGUUAAAAAAAAAAAAAAAAUCACAAAAACAAAUUUCUCAAGAUUUUGCCUAGAUUUGAUGUCUUUCUUGCUGAGAUUUUGCUUGUUGUGAAAUCUCUUAAACUCAUUGAUAAUAAUAAGAAUAACAAGUUUUUUAAGACAUGGUGAUAUUAUUCAUACUGAUUGAGGUGUUAUUGUUUUUGUUUGUUUGUUUUUAUUUUAUUUUUUUUUUAUUGUAUUUCAAUGCAGUGCUUUUUUCUGCAAUUAAAAAAAAAAAAAAAAAAACAGUUCUGUACAGCUCUGUCUGUGAUUGCUUUUCCUGCUGUGAUCCAUUAUUCCACUCUGUACUCCACUAUAUUUCCUGAUCAUCACUGCUGAGACUUUCCCAGCUACAAUGAGUAUGAAUGAAUUGUAAUUAUUAGAAUGAAUUACAACUAUUAUACAGGAAUCACUUAUUAUGCAGGUGAAUUAGAUACCUUACAUUUAAUCUACCAACAUUUGAUUUGUUCAUAAGACCAGGAGGCCAGAGGUCAGUAUAUAAUAAUUAAAUAGUAUACCGUAUAAUAAGCCAAUUAUACACACAUCCAGCAGCUAAUGUAAAUAUUUCCUCACAUUAAGAAAUUGCUGGUAAGUUGUUUUAUUCACACUCUUCCAUUCAUUUGAAUUUCAAAUCAAACGUGAAUUCUGUAAGUUCACAUUCAGAAACCUUGAACUUAAAAUAAGAUUAAAAAUUAGGCUAUUAGAAGACUUUUAAAACCUCUGCAGAAAUCAGCAGUUAGCCUUCUUCGUGGCUUGUAGUCUAGCAUUACUGAUGCCCUAAAGGGUAUGGAAGCUGGUUUCCGCCACUAAAUAAAAAAUAAAAAUAAAAAGGUUAUUGCAACUUCUUAUCUCGCAAUUCUGAGAAAAAAAAAAAAAAAAAAAAAGAAUAAUAAUGGGCCCAAAUAAUAAUAAACUUGCAAUUCUGACUUUUCUCACAAUUGCUAG